AUGGAGCUUGUUGGUGCAAGCGAUGAACUUAUUUCAAAAGCAUGGGUUGCUGAAGUGGAAAGGAUUGUUGGAGCAAGAGAUGGUGAUGGUGACGGUGGUGAUGAUGGUGGUGGUGGUGUUUCAGAUGGCAGAGCGGCUCGGCGCGUUCCAGAGGCUGUGGUGAAGGCCAAAACAGAAGCAUACGCUCCUCAAAUCAUUUCGCUGGGGCCUUACUACCAUCGCGCCCUUAAGGAUGCUCCUGUGGGACCUUUGCAUCAUGGCCUCUCCAUCAUUUCCCAGAUGGAAAUGUACAAGCUCAAAUGUCUCAAGGAUGCUACGCGCAAUGACUCAGAUCUUAUUCACAACUUUCUCGAAAAUACGGUCCAGGCCAACACAUCUAAAGUAGAGCAGUUUUACAACUGGAAAUUUGAUACGGAGGAUGGCCCUCGAAAGUUCGGGUGGAUGAUAACCGUAGAUGCCUUUUUUCUUUACCAUUUUCUCAAGAAUGCGUGUGAUGAUAAUGUUGGCCCUGAUGACAAUAGGUCCAAUAGGUCUCGCCAUCACUCGGCAAUGGGAAGCAUAAAGUGUGACAUUGUCAAGUUAGAAAACCAACUUCCUCUUUUCCUUAUUCACCAAGUUUACCGCACCCUCAAUGUUGAUCAAGGCUUUGAUGAGUUUUUGAGGACUCGGAUGGCUAGUCUGUGUUCAUUUGAGAAAUUUAUGUUUUCGUCAGUUGAGAAUGAGGGCGAGGAGCAACAUCUGUUGGCCUACAUGCACAAAUGUGUUUCCUCCUUCCUCGAAAUGGAGGGAGAAGUCCAACCCAAUUGCUGCCAGGGAAUUCAAAGUGCCAUUGGAGAUGCCAUUAGCAGAGCGCUCCGUAGUUGCUGUUUUCGUCAAGCCGAAACCGGCCCAAGUGGUUUUAAGGUGAAUGCCAGGAAGCUGGUCAAACACGGCAUUACGUUGACAUCUUUUACUCUCGGCAAGAGCAUGCGACAAAUCAGAUUCGACAGGUAUUCCGGCACACUUUAUCUUCCACGUUUAACUGUCACUGACAUGUUCACUGAAGUGGUGUUGAGGAAUUUGCUAGCACUGGAGUUCAUUGAGACGAGUCGAGGGACGGUGAUAACACAGUAUGUGGAGCUCAUGAAAAGCCUCAUCGACACAGCCAAGGAUGUUAAAGUUCUCAGAAAAUGUGGCAUCAUUGUUCCUGGAAGCAGCAUGAUAAGCGACGAGUACAUUGCUGGCAUGUGGAAAGACAUUUGUAAGCCUUUCUUUGCAGCCUCUGUUCAUCCUUCCCUUCACUUAGAUCAAAUCAAAGAAUCACUCCACAGGAAUUACUAUUUAGUAAAAGGCAAAGCUGUCUGCCUCGAAAAGAGUAUUUGCUUAUUAAAAGGCCCAAUCAGAUUAGUCAGGGGAAUAUUCAUGCUUGGUUAG